AUGUCAAAAGUCUUCUUCAUCACAGGCGCGGGGAGCGGCAUCGGCCGAGUCAUAGCACGCGAGCUUCUACUCAAGGGCCAUCGGGUCUUCCUCACCGAUUACAAUGACGCCUUUCUAGAAGACACUUGCUCGUCACACCUCCCUUCUGUUAUUCCCAGCGACAAGCAUGAGAAUUUCAAGUGGGCGCAAAUGAACGUUUGCGAUGAACAGCAAGUCACCAAGGCAAUUGCGCUGUGUGUUGAAGCAUUCGAGGCCAUCGAUGUCCUAAGCCAAUAUAUGCGAGCAGGCAUCAGAAUGGAUAAAGUCCCCACUUCUGAUUUCGAAAAAAUUAUCUCCGUGAAUCUAGUCGGCACAUACCGUGUCUCCCAGAUGGCCAUUCCCCAUCUCGAAAAGUCUCUGGGCGGAGGCGUCAUCAUCAACAUGUCCAGCUGCCGAGCGAGCCAGCAGAGCAAGAACGGCGAAGCCUAUGCGGCCUCCAAGACCGGAAUCGAAGGCCUCAGUAUGGCUAUGGCCGUGAGUUUAGGACCGAAAAUUCGAGUACAUGUGGUGAGCCCGGGGAUGGUCGAUGUUCGGUGCGAGCGGAAUGAGAACUUGUUGCCAGAUAUUGAGACCCUUCGGGGUGACCUGGACCGGGAUUUCCAAAGCAGGAUUGGGAGAGGAGAAGACAUUGCGCGAUAUUUGCAACGAUCUCCCAACAUCACACCCCUCGGCUACUACGAUAGCGAUGCCGAAGUCGCUCAACGCAUGCAAGGCCACGCUGGAUGCACACGCUACGAAAACCUCGAUAGUCUUCUCGCCCUUCCAUACGAUGUAGCCCUCAUUCAUGGCCGCGAUCAUGAAAAUGCAGAUUAUAUCCGGUUGGCCCUAGACACUGGGGCGAAGGGCAUUUUCGUCGAAAAGCCUGGCGUUGCACAGCCACCAGAAUUCUACCCGUUGGCAGAAGAGAUUCGCCUAAGAAAAAGUACUCUUGUGUUCGAAGUCGGUUGGGAACUGCAUUAUCUCGAAAGCGUGGCCUUCGCACGGCGAAUUCUCCACGAGUCGCUGCUGGGGAACAUCACAAUGGCUCGGUUCCAUGGCGGGUGUCCAGGCGGUGCGGGGGCGGAACCCUGGCAAUCGGAUCCACUCAAUAUCGGUGGUUUCUUUUAUAGUCUUGGAGGUCAUGUUGUAGAGAUCGUAAUUGAUCUCUUUGGCUUGCCAGUUCAAGUUGUGAGUUCUAUCCGCAAGCUACCAGCCCAGCAGCCUCAUCAGGGUUUCUCGUGGGUGCCGAACCUUUUCGAUGGGCGGGAAGUGAAUCCGUGGCACGCUAUCGGAACGCUCGUGCACGAGGAUAUUGCAUCGGCGAUCCUGGAGUAUGAAAAUUUCAAUGUACAUUUGGACUUUACGGCGUGGGAGGGGAGUCGCUACCUGAGGGACUGGAGCAUGGAAAUCUACGGGACUGGGGGGUCCAUGCGGUUAAAUGUCGACGGUCCAGGGAGCUGUAUCCUGUUGAAAGAGAAGAAGGACAAGUGGAAAUGCGGGCGAAAUGAGCUAUUUGAAACGGAGGUGAGCUUGGAUGCUGCUUUCGAGAAGCAAAUGGAAAAUUUCUUUCGGAGAGUAGACGGUGUGGGAAUUGGCCAGGAAUGUUGUGAUGAAAACAUAGUCGAAAAUUUGCUGAAGCUUUACAGUGCUUUGUAUGAGUCUGCUCGGACUCGAAAAUGGGUAUUUUUGCAGAUAUAA